CUCCGUCCGUGUCCGCGUCGACCGCUGCGGCUGGCUGCGGCUCAUCCGGCGAUAGCAGCGGCGAGCACGCAUCGACAAGGAAGAUUGUGACGAGGAGUACGUAACGUCUGCAUGAGCGGACCGCCAGGCACGAUGCAGUCGCGCGUGAACAUCGACGAACCCCGCUGGGACCAGAGCACGUACUGGGGCCGCGCGCGACACUUCUUCACGGUGACCAACCCGCUCAAUCUGUUGUGCACGGGCCACGAGCUGAACGAGUCGCGUGACAUCGUGACGCGCUACCGCAAGGGCGACCACAUCCCCGGACUGACGGAAGAAAAACUAUGGCGCGCCAAGCACAUCUACGACUCCGCGUUCCACCCGGACACCGGCGAGAAGGUGACGCUGAUCGGCCGCAUGUCGGCCCAGGUGCCAAUGAACAUGACCAUCACGGGCUGCAUGCUCACCUUCUACAAGACGACGCCGCAGGUGAUCUUCUGGCAGUGGGUCAACCAGUCGUUCAACGCGGUCGUCAACUACUCGAACCGUAGCGGGGACUCCCCGAUACCUUUGUCGACGCUGGGUCUCUCCUACGUGCUGGCGACUGGCGGUGCUCUGGGAACCGCGCUCGGUCUCAACAGUCUCGUGAAGUCGCUUCCGCCGCUCGUCGGCAGGUUCGUGCCGUUCUGCGCCGUGGCGGCGGCCAACUGCGUCAACAUCCCCAUGAUGCGGAUGCGGGAGAUCAGGCACGGAAUUCCCGUGGUCGACGAGAACGGCAACCGCCUGGGCGAGUCCAAGGUCGCCGCGAAGUGGGCCAUCGCCAUGGUGGUCCUGUCCCGGGUGGGCAUGGCUGCACCCGGCAUGGUGUUCCCGCCCAUCGUGAUGAACACGCUCGAGAAGAAGGGGGUGUUGCAGCGCUACCCGUGGAUCAGCGCGCCGCUGCAAGUGGGCAUGUGCGGCCUGAUGCUGGUGUUCGCGACGCCCCUGUGUUGUGCUAUCUUUCCGCAGAAGAGCCAGAUCGAAGUGAACCAGUUGGAACCAGAAUUGCAGGAGGUCAUCAAAAAGCUUCCCAGUCCGCCUACCAGAGUGUACUAUAACAAGGGGCUCUGAGGUGCAUCUCAUAGACCGGUUUACUGCAAUUACAUUCUAGAAAACACGGUGCAUGCGCUGUGGGUUGGGGAGUACAUUGUGAGAAGUUUCGAAUUCCAGCCUGGGGUUGACACUGAAUUGGCUUGCUUUCCUUGAAUAUGUGUUUCACGGUGUGAAUUUCAGUUCAGUGCCCCUAGGCACGCACCCAACUUUUGUGGCUGACUGCUAGCCUGCUGAAUGACAUAUGAAAACAUGAGCGGGUUGCUUUGACACCACAGUAAAAAAAAUUUGGAAAUAAUGCUGGCAUUCAAGAUGCAGUAGUUGCGUCUAUAAUGCCCUUUAUAUACUAUUACGUAACAUUGCCUAGCUAAUGCUACAUCUUUGCGUAUUAUAUGCAUCUGUUGCGUUUUAUAUGCUGGCUUUGGAGUUAUCCAAAUCUUGACAUAACGGUGCUUUUGUGAGCCUACACAAAAGUGGGAUUGUCUUUCGUGUGGUUAGCUCAAAUGAGCACAGUUAUUUGUGGCCCCACAGACACUGGUAGUAGCAACUCUGGAACAGCUGUAGGCAAUGCGAGCUGUACUGCAAGAGCUGUGAUACCAUUGUGCUUUACAUUCGACACAGCAAGCACCGCAGUUCUUUUUUUGCGUGUGAGCAUUGCAAAAAGUGUAACGUACUCCUUCCAUGUUGCCGACUGGCAAUUUAUUUUGCUGUCAGAGGUUUAUUUUUAUGCAACUUUUCUGGGGGCUGUUGUACCUUGUGGGCUUUCAUGCUGUGAUUGCAAAGGGCUCAGCAGAAACUAUAUAUAUUUUCUUCAGGGCAACUAUUCCUGGCACACUGGCAAGUGCUGUACAUAUAAUGCCAGCCCGAUCUUGACGAGAGGAGUGAAAUAAGUCUGUUAUUGUUUCUCGAUGGCAAGUGUGACUUGCACCUUCCUACGUAUCAUAGUGACGUGGCUCGCAAUAAAUGUUCUUUGUUCCUACUUAUACACAGCUCUGAAGGUUUGCUAUGUCAUAGAAGUGCAUGGUAUUGAUGGACGAGAAUGUUUGAGACAGGUCACAGAUGCUAUGGUCGCCCGUUUUACUGUGAAUCUGUCUUGUUGCAUACUCAGAUACAUAUAGGUAACAUCAAGUCAUAAAAGGACAUUUAGGCCACUACCACGGCAGUUUUGAAGCAUGUGUUCCUUGAUAAAUAAGUGUCUGCAUUUUAAAUCAAUCCUUAAAUUUCUUGUAGGGCUACCCCAUAAUAGUUUUUAUGUUGUACAAAAAUGACUUGAGCAUAUAGCCUCAACACUAACUUUCCACCAUUAGCCAGAUAUGGCUGGCCAAUAAGCUUGCACAUAGGGACAAAGCAAAUGGUUUUAUAUAAAAGACCUUGAAAAGAAAGUUGGUGUAUGUAAUGUGAUUUCCUUAUUUACUAGCUAGUUUGUAAGAUACAACUUUAAAUGCAGAGCUGUCAACACAAGGUACACCGCUGCAUCAUUUGACACAGAAGCGAUUGCUUUUAGGAUGCAAGCACCUAUGCGUGACCACUUAAUUAUUAAUUUUGCAAUGGUUUGUGCAUAAUUCUACGUGCCUUGUGAAAUUAAAGCACUCGCACGGGUAAAAAAUGCUGACAUUCAAGAGCAUGAUUUCAUUAAAUUAAGUGCCACAGGUUAAACAAUUUUUUUAUGUUCCUGUAAAAAAGAUGUGUAAUUUCAUCUUUCAGAAUAGUUGCUUUUGCUAAGUUUAAUGUGCCAAAGCUAUGGCCACUGUACUCGACGCACAUAUCGCGAUAACACUCUGGAGAGCUUGUUCAAGAAGGAAAUAAGAGCUGGGACAUGGACAACCGAGGACCAAGUCAUUUAUUACAACCACAACAUCUUAUAACUGUGUGUAUGUGUCAUUGAAGGGGGUGGCUGUCAGGUUUAACGUUCACAGUGAUUGAGGAUGGAAAAGUAGCUUUGGCAACUUUGUCUGCCAUCGACUUUAUCAGUCUUUGUUCGCUGCAGGAUCUGCGCUGAGAAAUACCAUGUUUAGAUUGGCUGUACAUGCAGGUGCCUUGUACGGCCAUAAGCAGGUUAUUGUGUGUUAACACUGCCGUGCACAUUGAAGGUUUCAUCGCAAUACAUAGAGUGCUCCACUUUGUGGUACAACUGGAACUUGGCCUCUGCAACGCAAGUGGUGUUUAGUGCUUUUAGUAAUAUAAUUAUUUGAUGAUGCAUUGUUUUUAAGACUGCUCUGAAGUACUAAAGACAAUGGCAGGGUGUGCAGCACCUACUGCAUCAUGCUGAGUGAUGUCUCCCAGUGGCACAAUAAACACAUUUAAUGCAGCAUAAACUUUUUGGUGUUAUCUGUGUGGUAACAAUAUUUUUCACAAAUUCACGUGUGGAAGAAAAAAGCAUGUCGAGGACACAUUUAGCAAAUUUCAAGUUUUACAUGGUUCCCUAAAGUGAUGAAGUGAAUUCAGCAUUGUUCUCCUGAUGUACAUUUAUCGAACACCAAUUUUAAUUGUUGCAUGCGAUUUAUUUUGCAUGUGGCAGUCAUUUUCUUCUCCUGGAAAACGUCGAGAAGAACCGUAUUAACAUGAGUUUGAUAACUGUUGCAGAACCCUUACACAGCAUUGAAAUUAGUGUGGUAUAUAUCUCGUAAGCAAAACCAAGUGUGUCGUACAGUCAAUAGUUCAAGAACUAUGUGCUUGUACGUGCUGUAUAAGUUUCGAAGUGCAAUUAAAGCAGUCAUAAUGAG